UCAAACAAAUUGAAUAUUAUUUUUGGUUCGAUUUAAUUCAUUUGUACUUUUUAUAUAUAUUCCUUUUUUCUUUUAACUAAGAUACUAAUUAAAAAUAAUUUUUGGUGUUGCAGUGACAACAAUCUUGCCAAAGAUCUUCAUCUGAAAGACCAAAUGGACAUCGACAACGGAUGGGUUUCGAUUGAGGUUAUUGCCGGUUUUAAUCGAAUAAAAGAGAUGACAGAUGAUAUUAAGUUGAUUCUGGACAGCUUGAAACAUUCAGAUACAAUUGAAGUCGAGGGAGACAAACUAAGGCGACGUACUACUUGGAAGAAAUGGAUAGCUUAUCGUAAAGUAGCGCCUUAUGGAAUAAAGGUUGUUCGAUCGAAUUCCCACCAGUUAAGGAAUGUCAAGCAAAGACAAAGGAAUUAAUGUUGUUCCAACUCCCACCCAGUUAAGAAGUGUCAAGCAAAGACAAAGCAAAAGCUAAGGCAAACAAGUAACACAAAAACAAUGCUGGUUUUGUAUAUAUUUUUAGACGAGUACUCUUUUUCCUUUAUUGGCGUUUUUUCCUCUGGGUUUUUACCGUAAAGGUUUUAAUGAGGCUCAAGCCCUUAGUCUGCAAUCUUGUGCUUUCAAGGGUUUUAGAAUUAUUUUUUUUUAAUAAAAUCUUAAUUCAGUCCAUAAUAGGAA